UAUAAAUAAGUACCCAUUUCCUUCCAUCUCUAGAGAGAGAAAAGAAAAACCUCUAACACCCAACAACCUCUCCCGCCAUGGAUUCCGACCACGAGAGCUCCGCCUCCUCCUCCUUUACGGCCGUUGAGUCCCGCUACAGCCGCUUCAGCGACUUCAGCUCCCUUUCCAGCUUCCGCUCCUCUUCCCCUUCCCCCUCCAAACCUCACAAAUCUAACCAAAUCGAAUGGGAAGCCAUCAAAAGCCUCCGCUCCACCGCCUCCUCCGGCAUCCGUCUCGACCAUUUCCGCCUCGUACGUCGCCUCGGAAGCGGCGAUCUCGGCAACGUUUAUCUCUGUCAGCUCCGUGAUGACCCCCGCUACUCGUCUUGCUUAUACGCCAUGAAGGUCGUCGACCGCGAAGCCCUCGCCGUUAGGAAGAAGCUAAGGCGAGCGGAGACGGAGAAAGAAAUUCUCCGAUCUCUCGACCACCCUUUCUUGCCGACUUUGUAUGCCGAGUUUGAAGCUCACCAUUACUCGUGUCUGGUCAUGGAGUUUUGCCCCGGUGGGGAUCUGUAUGUUGCAAGGCAACGGCAGCCAGAAAGACGAUUCACUGUUGCUUCUGCCAAGUUUUAUGCAGCAGAAACCAUCUUAGCUUUGGAAUACCUCCACAUGAUGGGAGUUGUCUACCGUGAUCUCAAGCCUGAGAAUGUGCUCGUUAGGGAUGACGGGCACAUCAUGCUCUCUGAUUUUGACCUCUCUUUCAAAUGUGUGGUUGUACCGAGACUCCUUCGCGCACCCCUUACUGUCAAUAGUAGUAUCAAGACGACGCCAUCUUCAUGUGUACCGCCACCGAUGCAACCCGUGAUCUCUUGCUUUUAUGGAGGUCGUGCGGGCCGCAUCGGUGGAGCCCAUAAGGUCAAAGUAAAACCAAAGCUUUCUCAUGUAGGAACGACGCUUGCAGUACCUACAGGAGAAGCAAAUAUUAAAGAGGAAAGCCAAGAAGUUGGUCAAUUCUUCCAUACUGAGCUAGUCGCUGAGCCGAUCACAGCACGGUCAAAAUCAUUCGUAGGCACACAUGAGUACCUCGCACCGGAGGUCAUCUCCGGUAUCGGCCACGGUGGUGCCGUCGAUUGGUGGACAUUGGGGGUCUUCCUCUAUGAGAUGAUAUAUGGAAAGACACCAUUCAAGGGUGAGAAUAAUGAGAAGACUAUCAUGAACAUUAUGAAGCAACAACUUAGCUUCCCAAAAGUGGAAGGUUUAAAAGACAUGGAAGAGUUGUUAAGAGCACAAGACCUUAUUAGUAAGUUGCUUGUCAAGAACCCAAAGAAGAGGAUUGGAAGUUUAAAGGGAUCAGUUGAGAUUAAGAGGCAUGAGUUCUUCAAGGGUGUGAAUUGGGCUUUGAUAAGAUCUGUGAAGCCACCUGAGGUCCCCAAAGAUCAGAGAUCAGCUUUGCUCAAGAGAAAUUCUAAGGUGGUGAUGUCAAAGUUGAGCAAGAAGGAGAGAGAUGAGCCUUUUCAAAUCCCACAGUACUUUGAUUAUUUCUAAGUGUUUGGUUUGUUGCAUAUAGAAAGUAAAUUUAUGAGCUUGUUAGAGACUAAUUGCUUAGAGUGUGAGAUUACUUGGAAAAUGAAAAACAUGACCAGAUGUACGUUCUAAUCACAUUUCAGCUUAUGAUGUAAGGCAUAUCACUUUCUGAUCAACAGCAAGAAUUUUUUUUU